UACCUGUAGAACGCGCAAAAGUAUAGGGGGAAGUUCUGUAAUUCACUCUUCUCGUCAAAGAGGGUUUUCGUGUUUUCAAAAACCGAAAGUCGCUUAACUGAAAGAUCAUGACGAACUGGUCAUAGUCGUAUUACAUAGUUAAAACCGCGUCAACGUCCUCCACAGAGCCAUCGUCGGAAAUGAAGGAAUCUCCAAAUUGGCUGGAAACGCCUAACGAUCUGAUGGCAAAUAUACUUCAAAGAUUGGGUACGGUGGAAAUAUUCACGAGCGCAGUGAAAGUAUGCACAACUUGGCGGGAAAUUUGCAAGGAUCCGGCCAUGUGGAAGGUUAUUUUUGUGAAAAAAUCACUUGAUGGUCGUGAUAAGAUUUACGAUUUCGAGAGGUUGACUAAGCAGGCAGUCGAUCUCAGCUGUGGGGAAUUGAUUGAUAUCUGUCUCGUUUCCUUUGGCAACGAUGAUCUACUUGAUUACAUCGUGCUACGCUCAAAUAAGCUGAAACGUCUUGGGCUCUUGGCCUUGCUUAUAUGGCCAUUCAUCAAAUGUGAUGAUGACGAUGCCCUUGCCAUCGCAAAUAACAUGCAUGAAUUACGCUGUUUGGAUCUCUCUGAAAGUGAAAUCACAAACAAUGGACUCGAGGCCAUUCUUAAUGGCUGCCUUCAUCUUCAAUCCCUGGACGUUGGUAAGUGUCAUAACCUUAAUCUUGGUGGGAUUUUAGGAAAACAGUGUAUGGAGCGGAUCAAAGAUUUUAAGCAUGACUCAACACAAAACUGA